AUGGCCAUAGGUUUGGGGUAUUGGGCCGGCAAUGCAGGUUUUGCCUACGCUGCGCCUUUGCUCUCCACCAUCAACGCCGACCUAGGACCCGAUCCUAAUGUCCAGUGGGUGGCCCUUGUACAUCCAGUCGGGUUGACUGUGGGCAUGACAAUCAUCGGAAGGCUCGGCGAUCUGUUUGGCCGCCGCUGGUUCUUCAUCUGCGGCGCGUUCAUGGCCAUGGCUGGGACUCUCAUCUCUGCUUUGGCUGUCAACGUGGACAUGCUGAUCGGUGGUGCCAUGAUCAAAGCUCUUGCUGCUUCUACCCAGCUUUCGUGCUACUAUGCCCUAGCGGAACUCAUGCCAGCAAAGUACCGAUAUGCCAACGUGGCCAUCCUGAAUGUGUUCCAGAUUCCAGGAAGCAUCUUCGCCCCGGCAAUUUCAGCAUCCAUUACUCGAUCCGCGGGAACAUGGCGGUCUGUUUUCUACCUGCUCACGGCAGUAAACACUGCCUCUAUGCUUUGUUACUUCUUUUUCUACCAUCCACCGACGUUCCAUCAGAAGCACGGCAUGCGAGAGAAGAGAAUAACAUUUAUCAAGCAAUUUGACUAUGCUGGGACUUUUCUGUACGCCGUCGGAGUUGUGUUCUUCUUGUUGGGAAUGAGUUGGGGCGGAGGAAAGUAUCCCUGGAGAUCACCAGAGGUGAUAUCCUUCAUUACGAUUGGCGGUGUGUCCCUCAUCGUCUUCGUCUUAUGGGAGUGUCUCGCGCCGCUGAAGGAGGCUCUUGUUCCGCUCAAUCUGUUCAAAAACAGGUAUUGGGUCGUCUCAAGCACGCUGUCUGGCAUUUCCGCGGGCGUGUAUUACGCAGGCGCAAUCAUAUGGCCUCCUCUUGUCACUGCCUUCUACGCCAACGGUAGCGUAAUGAAGGGAGCAUACCUCGCCUGCCUUGGUGGAGCUGGUAUCAUCCUCGGUGGUGUAGUUGGCGGCAUAUUGGCGAAACCACUCGGGCAUCAAAAGCUCCAAGCUACUUUUACCGCUGGAGCCGGUGGGGCUCUUCUGGCGUGCUUGGCCAUCAAAUCUCCGGACCACAUGGCGUUGACAUGCUGCCUCUUUUUCUUCGCAAGUUUCCUUAUUGGAUACCUAGCUGACAUAUCACUUACGAACGCCUUGCUCUCACUCAAGGACCAACGUGAGAUUGGAGCAGCAGGAGGUGCCGCGACUUCUGUUCGAACUUUGGUGGCAGCCAUUUGCCAGGUAGUCUACAGCGUCGUUCUUGCGAACAAAAAGGCACAGUACGUACCGGCACACGUCAUUCCGGCGGUCACUAGUGCUGGAUUACCAAAGUCAAGUAUCAAGCCUCUUCUCUCGGCGCUCUCCACAGGUUCUUCGGCGGCAUGGAAGGCAGUUCCAGGACUGACACCAUCCAUUCAAAGGGUUGCGAUCAAAGCCAAUCUCAUGGGUCUGACGCAAUCGUACCAAGUUGUCUGGCUGACCACAAUCGCGUUCUCUGUGAUAGGUGUAAUGUUGGGCUUGCUGUCGCCCAACACCGAAAAGCUCUUGACGAACAAGGUCGCUGCGAGACUUGACAACGCAAAAAUUCGAGCUGAUGACACGCCUGACACGAAAGUGUAGAGACCAAGUUUUGGCAAUUUGAUAAGGAUGAAUAAACGAUCAUAUCAACACGCUGUUUGUCCUAGGAUUGAUGCUGUUAUUCUUGGUUCUCAUUGAUAUAUGCUGUUCUCAAGCUCCAGGCCUUAGAAGAAUGCAGGUAACUCAGUUCUAAGAAGCUCAUUGUCAGCCUCGACGCCAG